AUGCUCCAAUGGACGAACAUCGACUGCGGCAACGAGGACCUGCCGCCCAUCGGCCUGGACCUCCUGAUCUGGCACCUCGACACCAACUACACAACCACGGGGAUCAAAGCCCGCCUCUCCAUCCCAACGCCACGGCCGGAGCUCGACACCCUCCGCUUCUUCCCCGACGCCACCGCCCGAAACUGCUACGCCGUCCCGUCCGUGAAGCUGAGCCUCAAGUACCUGGUCCGCGCGGGGUUCUACUACGGCAACUACGACGCGUACGGGCGGCCGCCGACGUUCGACGUUCACCUCGACGGGAGGAAGUGGACGACGGUGAAUACGACGACGGCGCAGGGGGCGGUGUAUUACGAGGCGGUGUACGUGACUCAGGGGAAGGAUGAGAUCGAGCUGUGUUUGGUUCAGACGAGGCGUGGGGAGGUGCCGUUUGUGUCGUCGGUGGAGAUGGUGCCGCUGUGGGAUGGGUUGUAUAGUGAGAUGGGGAACGAGGAGAGCUUUGCGCUUGUGGCUCGGACCAACCUUGAAUGGCACAACCGCAUAUGGACACGUGGACUCGACCCACCAAACACCACCGUCGCCGCCACCGUGGCACCUCUCCCACUCUUAACUCCGACGGAAAACGAGCCUCCACCCGCCGCGUUGUCCGACUCCGUCCAAUCGAACAACGCCCAAAACACCAUCUCCCUCACCGUCGACAUCCCCAAAUCAACUUCCAACCAACAAACGGCGGCGUACCUCGUGCUCUACUUCACGGAGUUGCUCAUCCGGCCAAAACUCGACGACACGAGGGUCAUGGACGUCUACGUGGACGGCAAGAUGACGGCGUCGGUGGAGGCCGAGCUCACGAAAUGCAAAGUGGCCACGGUGUACCCGAUUGCCGUCCAGCCGGAUGCGGUCAGCAUCAACGUCACGCUUGCGAGGGCGAAUUCCUCGACGUUGCCGCCGAUGGUCAGUGCGAUGGAGGUGUUUACGAGGAUAGAGAGCUCCGGCGCCGGCGCCGGAGGGGGCGGGGGUGGGAGCAAAUCGACCGGCGGCGGCGGGAGAAGGCGUCUCGUUGUGGCGUCGUGUGCGGUUGUCGUCCAUGUUGUCUCCAUUUUGUUCAUUUCUCUGUUUUAG